AUGCGGGCACACGAGAACGAACCAAUACAUUUCGCGUAUUUCUGUCGUCUGUUUUUCAUCAAAUUUUCGGCCAUUCACUCGCCUUUCCUCUGCAUCCCUCUCGCCAUUCCCCCAUCCACCGGGAAAACUCUUCCUUCUUUCGAAUUCCCACCUCCUCCCCCACUCCGUCUCCCAAACCGUAUAAAACUCUUCCCGCACACCCCUGUCUGCUCCUCCAUCACCACCACUCCCAACUUCUACACACUGCAGCCUCAACUCGACUCAGCUUGA